AUCUCCGCGGUUUCGGGACCACGGAGGCGGCGCCGCCGCGCGGCCCAGGGAAGCUGCGCGUCACGGGGUGGCCGCGCGUCAUCAGGCGGCGGCGGUUCCUGCUGGGCUCGGCACUGUCCCGGCGGCUCCGGCAACCUCGAGGUGAGGCCGGCCCAGCCCCGCAGAGCCGCGAGCCCGAGGGAGCGGCCCCCGCUCCCAGGGCCAGAGUGGUUCGUGUCCGCAGCCUUGCGGUUCAAGAAGGAGCGCUGCAGCCCCGCGGCGGCUCUGCCGUGAGUGGAAGGGGCGGGGAAAGCUCGGCUCCAGCAGGAGAGUGGAGCAUCUCUCGUAGGAGGAAAGGCUGGGGGAACUGGGUGUGAUCAGCUUCGAGAAGAAACGGCUGAGAAGAGACCUCAUUCAUAAGUAUCUGAAAGAAGCGUACCGAAAGGAUGGACCAGGCUGUGCCCACUGGUGCAGAACUAUAGGACAGGAGGCAAUUGGCAGAAACUGAUGCACAGAAGUUCCCCCUGACUAUAAGGAAGAACUUCUUUACUGUGCCGUGGCUGCACAUGGAAUAGAUUGCCGAGAGAGGUUGAGGAGUGUCCCUCAGUAGGGAUAUUCCAGAACCAUUGGGAUGCCAUCCUGUGCCAUGUGUUCUAGGAUGACCCUUCUUGAGCAGGGAGCUGGGGCCAGAUGAGCCCCUGUGCUCCCACUGAACCUCCCCCAUCCUGGGGUUUUGUGAGCCCCUGAAGAGCUGAAGGGAAAAAAAUCAGGAGGCUGAUGCAAAAGCGCCAACUGUUCAUGCUGUUGAGAUGUCCUGCAUUCCAUUGUUAAUGGAACCAGCAUGUUCCAGCUCUGAGGUGCAGGGAGACACAAAAACAAGGAAUAAUGAAGCUACUUCCAAAUUUUUGGUUCCUCUUUCUGACAAUAAUGAAAGCAAAGAGUCAAAAUCUAUUCAAAGAAGGAGAGUGCUUCCAUCUUGGAUGCUGGAAAGAGAUCUUCUGGUGCAGAGGGUUUCCAAGCCUGUUACGACGGGAGGUAGUAGAAAGGAAAAAGGCCAAGGAAGGGGAGAAGGUCUUACAGAGUCAUUAAAAUCAAAAGUACAUGUACAGCAGAAAAAAAGAUUACCUUCUGAAGAAACUAUAGAGGAUUUUGAAGGUGGAGAGCAAGAUCAAGGGAAAAGGAGCUGCCUUCCCAUCCCUGUUCCUUUAUCUCAGAAUACAUCUGGAUUUCUUCUUGAGACUACCAUGAGAGAUAUGGAAGGAAGCGACAAGACUGAAACAACAAACCCUGGAAAUUCUCUGGAAAAAAAUGAUAGGCAACUCUAUAGCAAAUGGUCUAAAAGAGAAGGUCAGAUCUCCAUUAAAGACAACAGAAUUGAGGAAACAGAAAACAAAGUGCACAUUGCUGGUUCUACAAACCAACAAGCUCACUGGGGCAGGACUUCCCAAUAUCUUGGUGCUCAGGAAGGGAUUCUUGAGCUUGAUGCAAAUCUGGACUACAACACUGAGAUUUCUGAUUCAGCCAGAAGUGCAGAUGCUUCAGAAAGCUCCAAACAGAUGCAGCAUAAGAGGACACCUUGCAAGUAUGGAAGUGGCUGUUACAGGAAGAAUCCCAUUCACUUCCAGCAGUUCAGUCAUCCUAAUGAUGAUGACUAUCACAACAUGGAGAUGGUGGCUCAGGACAAUGAUGACAGCCGGCCUGAGUGUCCAUAUGGAACAGCUUGUUAUAGGAAGAACCCCCAGCACAAGCUGGAAUACAAGCACAGUGCACCUCCAGUAACUGGAAGAGGAACACGACAACAAGCUUCAAGCAAUGGAAAAAGGACUGUGAAGAAGGAUGGUGUCAAUGAUGGGGAAGCCAAUGAAUAUGACCUCAAUGACCGCUUUAUAGAUGAGGAGGAGGAGGAGGAGUGUGAACCUACCGAUGAAGACUCGGACUGGGAACCAAGUUCAGAAGAAAAGGAUAAUGAAGAUGUUGACACACUUGUGCAAGAAACAUGUAGAUUUGUUAGGAUCAAGAAAUAGCUGCUGAGAACAGCCUUAUAAAUGUCUAGUGUGGUUGUGUUAAAACAUGGUUGCACAGGGGAGAGGAAUUGGUUUGAAAAUUUUUUUCUCCAUGAUGUAAGCAGUACAGGAAGAAAAUAAUAGGGGUGAGGGGAUUCUGCAAUGCGUUUCUUAGCCGUAUGUAUUAUUUUGAGGCUGGUGUGGUGUUUGUUUUUUUGUUUUAUUAAGUUGUGGACCCAGAGGAUAGACCCAGAGGAUAGAGCUCUGAAAUUUUUGGUUUUUUCUUUUAUCUCUCCUUUUUUUUUUUUUUGCAACGCCAUUGGUAUCUUGUAUUUUGAAAUACAGUUUUAAAGGUUGUUAAAACUUCAUCUUCCUGUGCUUGAAAGAAAUAUUGGUAGGAAAGCCUAAGCCAUUUUUAUUGUUGAGUUAGUGCAGUUUUAAACUUCGUUAUUCUGCCUCCAUCUUUUCUAGAUGUUGUUUUGUUGAUUCUCUUGAGGUACAGUAGUUAAAUACAGGUUGUCUAAAUCACUUGAGAGCAGGAUCUCAGUGUAUUGAAGCACUUGAUUGGCUCAACAACAAGUAUUAUUUGCUCUGAUUACAACAGUACCUCUUUCCAUGUUCAUCACUGGAACUGUUUCUAGUUCUCAGCAGAGUCUUGAUGACUGUAGUUUUGCGCAGUUAAACUUGUAACAUACAGUGGGAAAAGCAUGUAACUGUGUUUCUGAUUUCUAAAGACGUUGGAAGAUCUUGCCUUCGGUGUGUUCAUCACUCCUCUGAGCUUCCUGGAAAGCAAGUUAAAAGGUUUUACUAUAUUUUGGGACAGAUGACUGGAGUCCUGUGAAUUUGGCACUUUUUUUGGUCAAAGUCCUGAAGUUCAGCAAGAGAAGCAUUCCAGUGUAGCUUCAAGUAGGCAUCCACAUACACACCAGCUGGUUUUACAGACUUUUCAGGACUUUGUGGAUGUGCCCUCUACAACUCUAACGACCCUGGUUUUUGACUGAGCUUGUGUGUUUGUCUUGUUGUGAAGAGGCUCCUCUUACAGGAAAAACUGCCAAGGGGGAAUCAAACCAAGCAUUGCCCGGGCCUUGCCACUGCUGCGUUGAGCUGUGUGCAGACUCAGCUCUCAGCAGCCCUCAGAUCUCCUGCUCUCAUCACACUGGGGCUGUCUUGGGCAGGGAAAUUGCCCUGUGAAGGAAGCUGCUGGCCUCAGGGGAAGCUGCCCUGAUGGCCAGGAGGCAGGAGAGCAUAGACCUGGCUUGAGCUGGGCUGUGUCACAGAGGAACUGUCUCAGUCCUGCCCAGGGGGCACCUCCACAAGCAGGUGCAUGCAGCUGCCACAGGCUGGAGCGGCGCUCUCUGGAGGAAGAGGAGGAGGGGAGCCAGCCUUAUGUUGAGGUGUUGGCAGAGGGAGAAGCCACUUUACUCUGGGGCACAGGAGAGGUGUGUUCCAAGCUAUGGGAUGCAAGAUGGGGCUGUGCAGCCUCAAGUCCCAGCAGUUCAGAGGUUGGGCACUGGGGAUGGACCUUGUCAACCUCAGCUGCUGCCCGUUUCUACCUCAAAAAACCUCAUUAUACACACCCCCUUGGCACUUG